CUAUAGCACGAGGCUACCCAAGCAGGGCAAGCCUGAGCCAGACCGAGAAUGGACCUUGCUGGCAGCUGUGGUAAAGAUGAGUUCUCCGGCAGAAGGUUCUCAUGACCCCAGUAUCUUACCAGGUGAGACUUUUUCUCUUCCACAAACCAACAGCAAAUCUUUAUUAAGGAUGUAACUAUGUGCCAAACACUAGGCUAGGUAUUUAGAGAAAAAAGUGAGGCAGCUCCUGCCUGUAAGGAGCUUCCUUCUGUUCUAGUGGGAAAAAAGUGUCCACCAAUAAGUAAAUACAGAAUGAGUUGGGUGUUUUAAACCCUCAGCUUCCAUCUUAGGGUUAGUAGUGUGCAUUGCUUUCAAGGCAGAAGGGCGGUGAGGGCUAGGCAAUGGGGGUUAAGUGACUUGCCCAGAAUCACACAGCUGGGAAGGGUCUGAGGCCAAAUUUGAACCUCUCUGGCUCUCAAUCCAUAGAGCCACCUAGCUGAGAAUCAGUUUUACCAAAGCUUUUAAGUUACUGCUCUGUUAGAAUACCAGGGUGUAGUAAAAUUAUCUUUGUGUAAUCCUCAAAUGUUUGUCCCCCAUUGGGUUUCACUGGGCUCUCCUUCGGUUUGCUACCAUUCAAGAUAUUUGUCAUUUUCUUGGGCAUCAAGUUCUCCAUCUGCAAAAUGAAGGAGUUAGAAGAUUCAUCCUGAAAGGUCUUCUAGCGCUGACGUAGAUGUCUACACUGCCCUGCUCACCUUUCCCAGGACCACAGUGGUUGGCUGGUACCAGAUGUGCUGUUCAUCACAGGACUCUUUUCUGGCAAUAGGCCACUAAGUGACCUGACUCAUUAAACCUGGGGAACAUUUAGACAAUGGGAACUCAUUUGACAAUUUGUUUUUCCCAGUCGCUAAGGAAGUUGUCUCCAUGGGAACAGGAACGAAAUGCAUUGGCCUGUCCAAAAUGAGAAAAAAUGGUUCUCACUAUCACAGGUAGAACAGCAUCAGGGCCAUUCCAGGUUAUAGAGAUUACAAGAAAGCUGUUUUUCCCGUUAGGACAAUGGGCACAUCAGAGGCAGUGGGCAGCCAUGGGUAUGUUAGGUUGCUGAAGAGAGCCUUACUCCCCUGUGUCAGCAGCUCUCAUUGCAGGAGAUAUCCUCAAUGACAGUCAUGCUGAGGUCAUAGCCAAGAGGAGCUUCCAGAGGUACCUGCUCCAUCAGCUCAGGAGUGCAGUCAGCCUGCAAGCAGACAGUAUCUUUAUGCCAGGAACCAAGACCGGAAUGUGGAAGCUCAAACCAGACUUGCAUUUUGUUUUUUUUUCUAGCCACACUCCAUGUGGGGAUGCCUCCAUCAUCCCAAUGCUUGAGCUUGAAGACCAACCUUGCUCUCCAGUCCGUAGUGAUGAAACAAUUAGCCAAUCAGCAGAGGCCAUUGGUGAUCCUGUGGUGCUAGAAAAUAAAAGGAAAUGUGAAGCAGUCCCUGCCCACCUUGUAACUAAAAGGAUGAGGACAGAGCCUAGGGAUCUUUCUGGAGAGGUCCCCAGUGAUAGAGCCAUGGAUUAUUCUCCUGGGAAACACGGAACUUUACAAACCUCCCUAGAUGCCAGCAAUCUCAGUCCUACAGCAAAUGGACCAGCAGCUACUAAGGGGACUGUCCCAGUUGGUGCUAAAGUAGUGGAUAUUUAUAGAACUGGAGCAAAAUGUGUGCCAGGGGAAGCUGGAGAUACUCAGAAACCUGGUAUAGAAUAUCACCGGGUGGGAUUACUUCGAGUGAAGCCAGGUCGAGGAGACCGAACCUGUUCUAUGUCCUGUAGUGACAAGCUUGCAAGAUGGAAUGUGCUUGGGUGCCAAGGGGCCCUGCUGAUGCACUUCCUGGAAGAGCCCGUCUACUUAGCCGCUCUGGUCAUAGGAAAGUGCCCUUACAGUCCUGAGGCCAUGAAGAGAGCCGUGAUUGACAGAUGUCAGCAUGUGUCCAGUUUGCCCAGAGGCUUCCAGGUCCAAGAGCUGAAAAUGCUUCAAUCAAAUUUGUUGUUUGAGCAUAGCCGCCGUGCAGUUCAGGCAAAGAGAACUAAUUGCCCAGGGAAAGUUGUUCCUUGUGGGGCUGCCAUAAGUUGGAGUGCAGUCCCAGAAGAGCCGCUUGAUGUGACCUGCAAUGGUUUCAGGCAGGGAGCUACAAGGAAGAGUAUUGGAAGCCUUCAAACCAGAUCCAAAGUCUGUAAGGUGGAACUCUUCAACCUGUUCCAGAAUCUGGUGAGCGGUAUUUCUGAGAGCAAGCGACCUGAAUCUCUCAGGGGCAAGAAUCUGGAAACAUACUGGGAGUACAAGGAGGCAGCAGCCAGCUACCAGGAAGCCUGGAAGACACUUCAGAAGCAGGCAUUUGGUUCCUGGAUCAGAAAUUCACCAGAUUACCAUCAGUUUAAAUGAGAAGACAAAAUCUGCACUAAGCCAUUCGAAACAGGGUGCUUUCCAGCCUCUGUCCCACACAGACACUGAACAAAUCUCGGCUCUUCUGUUAACUAAGGAAAGUAAAUCUUUGGUCCAAGGAUUUUAAAGUGUUUGGCCUGUGCAGAGUCAGUAAAAUGGCAUCUUGAAAAGAUCUGAUGUGUUUUCUCAAAUGACUGUCACACGUUGUGGUAGGAUCCUAGACAACAUCCCAAACUGCCCCCCCCCCCACCAUUUUUUGAAUAAAUAUGUUUGAAAAGUA